AGAUUUCUGUCUCUGCAAGACCAGGGCUGAUUUGGGGUGCAGGAGGAUUAGGGGCCAGGACUGGUGUCUUGUCCAGGACAGACAGCAGAGGGGCAGGAAUGAGGAAGGGCCCGAGGAAACUCCCUGUAGUCAUCCUAACUGGAACCACCAUCUCCCAAGCCAUAGGAGAGACCCAUCCAACCCAGAGCUCACACUCAGCGCCACCAUGUUAGCUACCAUUUCAUCCACCAACAAUGCUCUGAGUACUGAGGCUGGAAGCUGUAGGAGUGUGUGCUGGGAAGGAGGUUCUUUUCGACCCCAUCCUGACAAGAGCACUCCCCACUGGGAGUCAGGCAGGUGGAAGAUGUUUCACAAGGUCAGAGAUAAAACACCAGAAAUAGAUGACCUGCAGCGACUCCUCUGGACUCAAAGAGGGCCUGGGAACCACAUGGAUGAAGUCUGGCCUAACAUUUAUGUGGGAGAUCUAUGGGCAGCCAGGAAUCUCAAAAUGCUGCAGAACCAAGGAAUCACUCAUGUCCUCAAUGCUACCCAUGGGGUGCUGGGUGUGUCUACAGGAUCCAGUUAUUAUUGUCACUUACCUGUGACCUACCACGGGAUACAGGCUUUUGAUGACCCAGCCUUUGAUCUCAGUGCCUUUUUCCAUGAGGCAGCAAACUUCAUCCAGGGAGCGCUGGACACGCCGGGCGGGAAGGUGCUUGUCCACUGUGCCAUGGGGCUCAGCCGCUCUGCCACCCUGGUCCUUGCCUUCCUCAUGCUCCGCAAGCAGCUGACCCUGGUGGAAGCUCUGAGGACAGUAAGUGUCCAUCGGAACAUCUGCCCCAAUCGAGGGUUCCUGUCCCAGCUGCGUGACCUGGACCUGCAGCUAAGCCAGCAACAGAGUAAGGGGAGCGGGGAGAAUCUGAUGUCAUCCGCCACUUUGCACCGAAAAUAAAGCGGCCGUUUUUAAAAAA